AUGGAGCCCGGGCCACCCGGAGGCGGCAGGCCCCACGAGCCCGGGCCUUUCCUGAGCGGCCCGCGCGGCGCGGACCUGGCGGCUCCGGCCUCCUCGCUGAGUGUCGUGGCGGCCGUGCUGCCGGCUGGGGGGUGCGGGGAGCGCAUGGGCGUCCCCACCCCGAAGCAGUUCUGCCCCAUCCUGGAGAGGCCGCUCAUCAGCUACACCCUGCAGGCCCUGGAGAGAGUAUGUUGGAUAAAAGACAUUGUUGUGGCGGUAACUGGAGAAAACAUAGAAGCAAUGAAAAGUAUUAUUCAGAAGUACCAGCAUAAACGCAUCUCAGUAGUUGAAGCAGGAAUGACCCGCCACCGGUCAAUUUUCAAUGGACUAAAAGCACUGGCAGAGGAGCAGCCCAACUUGCAACUCUCCAAGCCAGAAGUAGUGAUUAUCCAUGAUGCAGUGAGACCAUUUGUGGAGGAAGAUGUUCUCCUUAAAGUUGUCACAGCAGCUAAGGAGCAUGGGGCAGCAGGUGCAGUUCGGCCUCUUGUAUCUACUGUCAUCGGCCCGUCUGCUGAUGGUUGCUUAGACCACUCUCUAGAACGUGCCAGACACAGGGCAAGUGAAAUGCCUCAGGCUUUUUUAUUUGAUGUGAUCUACAAAGCAUAUCAGCAGUGUAGCGACUAUGACCUGGAAUUUGGAACUGAGUGCUUGCAAUUGGCUCUAAAAUACUGCCACACGAAAGCCAAACUUGUGGAAGGAUCACCUGACCUCUGGAAGGUGACCUACAAACGAGAUCUGUAUGCAGCUGAAUCGAUUAUUAAGGAGAGAAUUUCACAAGUAAUUUGUAUAGUUAUGGACACAAAGGAAAAUAAAGAACAUGUAGGUCAUCUUCUUGAAGAAGUGCUAAAAAGUGAAUUAAAUCAUGUAAAAAUCACACCUGGAACUCUGUGCCAUGCUGGGAAAGGUCUUCAGCAAAUCAUCUUAGAGCAAUGCUACAAUUUUGUUUGUGUGAAUGUUAUGUCCUCCGAUUUUCAAGAAACCCAGAAGUUACUGAGUUUGCUUGAAGAGAGCAAUCUUUCCAUUUUAUAUCCUGUUGUUGUUGUUUCAGUGCAUUUUUUUGAUUUUAAACUAGUACCUCUUAGUCAGAAGAUGGAAAACCUAAUGUGGAUUAGGGAAUUUGCAAAGGAAGUGAAAAAAAGAAAUAUUUUGUUAUAUGGCCUCCUGAUAUGUUACUCACAGGAUGAACAGAAGCUACAGGAAAGUUUAAGGCAAGGCACCAUCAUCAUUGCUGCCUUAAUCAAAGAAAGAAAUUCUGGACUUGUUGGUCAGCUACUGGUAGCAUGA